CGUGGGCAGCGUUGGACCCACCCCCGGGCCUCUGUUAGACCUGGAUGAGGAGUCAGCUGAGCCCUCGGGAGCCCCGCGGCCCCCGGGCGCCCCGUGUCUCGGCCCCUCGCUCCCCAGAUUGUCUGAUGGACCCGGCGCAGCAUUACCUACCUGCAAGGAGGAGUGCAGGCUGCAGAGUCCGGAGACCUCACUGUGGAUUCUGGCCACGACCCUUCCCAAGCUGUGGCCUUGAACGCUGCCCUUGGCCUCCCUUUCUUUGAUUCUGAAGUGGGAAUGUUAACAGUGCCAUCACCUGCUUGUGGGGACUAGGGAGGGCACAUGCAUAUGUAUCGCCCAGUACCCAGCAGGGCCCCCGAGGCUGCCGCUGUUUCACCUUCCAGAUGUCCGUGACCUUGGAGGACGUGGCCGUGUUCUUCACCCAGGAGGAGUGGGGGCAGCUGGACCUGGCCCAGAGGACCCUGUACUGGGAGGUGAUGCUGGAGACCUGCAGGCUCUUGUCCUCACUGGGGUAUCCUGUUCCAAAAAUAGAGCUGAUCUACCUACUGGAACACGGGCAGGAGAUGAAGACGACAAAGAGAGGCCUCUCCCAAAGCAUGUGUGCAGGUAACAAAACAAAAACCGUGACCUCAGAGCCUGCUGCUGUGCAGCUGGUCUUGCCUGGGGAAGACUCGGUCCAGAAACGACGGGCUCAGGCAGCCUCACGAGCUUCCACGAUGGCUCCUCUCAGGGAACAGAAUGGGCUGUGGGAAAAGCAGGAAAGGCAUUUGAAGACAGGGACACUGGCCCUCAAGGAGGUCCACCCUGGGAAGAUCAGCCCUGAACAAGAUACUUUGGGAACAGAUGAUAGUCUGUGCUCGAGGGAUUUGCAGGAUCGAGUUUGUCCAGGAGAUGCUCUAUAUCAACAGGACUCUCAUGGCCCAGGUGAAGAUACCUUGAUUCAUGCAGGGAAGAAUCUCUACAAAUGCACAGUGUGUGGGAAAGAGUUCAAUAGGAAUUGCUUUCUUGUUCAACAUCAGUGGAUUCACAAGGGAGUGAACCCCUACGAGUGCAUUGAUUGUCGAAAAGCCUUUGGCGAGAUGGAAGACUUCAUUCAACACACGAUGAUUCACGCUGAGGAAGAGCCAUUCAGGUGUUUUAAGUGUGGGACUGCCUGCACCUGCAGGUCUGAGCUCAUUCAACACCAGUGGGUUCACACUGGAAAGAAGCCCUAUGAAUGCAUCAGUUGUAGGAAUACCUCCCACCUCCACCCCACUUUUGCCCCGCGUAGUAGGACACAUGCAAGAAAAAAAUCCUCUUUGUGCAAAGAAUGUGGAAAAACCUUUUGUCACAGCUACUCCUUAAAUCGCCACAUGAGGAUUCACACUGGCGAGAAACUGUAUGCGUGCAGUAAAUGUGGGAAGGUCUUCACUGUACCCUCUGCUUUAGCUGCUCAUGAAAGGACCCACAGUGGUGAAAAACCCUUUGGGUGCAAAGAAUGUGAGAAAGCCUUUUGUCACAAAGCUUCCUUAAUUAAGCACAUGGAAGACUCACACUGGAGAAAAGCCCUGUGAAUGCAGUGAAUGUGUCUUAGUGUGUCAAGAAGGAGUGUUGGAUUUUGUUAAAUGCCUUUUUCUGCAUCAGUUGAGAUGGUCAUGUGGUUUCUUUCCUUCGUUCUGUUCAUGUGGUGCAUUACAUCAAUGGAUUUUCUUAUGUUGAACCACCCUUGCAUACCAUGAGUUAAUCCCACUUGAUUGUGGUGUAUAAUUCUUUUUAUAUGCCGUUGGAUUUGGUUUGCUAGUAUUUUGU